CUCAUAUUUUUCGAGGUUUGUAUUUCACCAGAAAGAUCCCUGCGAUUGAAGUGUGGUAUGGCCAUAUCUGUAAUAAAAAAUCUAAAACUCAAAAGGUGAAAUAAAAACCAAAAAAAUCAUUAAUGGCGGCCCCGGCAGUGGAGGGGGCAGCUGUAACGGCGCUUCGGGCGGUAUUUCACCGAGUCCGGCAGGCGGCAGAGAGGUCCGGCCGUUCUUCCGGUGACGUGAGGGUGGUGGCUGUCGGCAAGACCAAACCCGUCUCCCUCAUCCAACAAGUCUAUGACGCAGGUCACCGGUGCUUUGGUGAAAAUUAUGUCCAAGAAAUUGUUGAAAAAGCCCCUCAGCUGCCGGAGGACAUUACUUGGCAUUUUAUUGGGCAUUUGCAGAGCAAUAAAGUGAAAACUCUAUUGACUGCUGUCCCAAAUUUAGAUAUGGUUGAAGGCGUAGACAAUGUGAAGCUUGCCAAUCAUCUGGACCGUGCAGUUUCAAACAUCGGGAGGCAGCCUUUGAAGGUCUCAGUUCAAGUUAAUACCAGUGGAGAAGAAUCAAAAUCUGGUGUGAAUCCUACAGAUUGUGUAGAUCUUGUAAAGCAUGUCAAGCUAGGUUGCCCAAAUCUCGAGUUCUCUGGUUUAAUGACAAUAGGGAUGCCUGACUACACAUCAACUCCUGAAAACUUCAAGACUCUAUUAGACUGUAGAUCCAAGGUAUGCAAGGUGCUUGGAAUGGCAGAAUCCCAAUGUGAGUUAUCAAUGGGAAUGUCUGGCGAUUUUGAACUUGCGAUUGAAAUGGGCAGUACCAAUGUGAGAAUUGGAUCAACUAUAUUUGGACCCAGGGAAUAUCCAAAGAAAAAAUGAAAGGGAAAUCGUUUUUUAUCACUUUCAUCCAUUGGUGGCGCACCAAUAUUUCUUUUGUCAAUGACUUCUACAGUAAUUGUAACAGUGCUCAAGGCGGGGAAUGUCUCGUCUUAGUUUAAAAUACCUUGGCAAUUAUAAUAUACCGUUAACUACUAUUUUUUUCUCA